UUUUACCAGCAAGAUUUUCAUCAGAUCGGGUUUUCUACAGGCGUCCAUCAGUGCUUUAUUUUAAUCGCUGUAAAGAUGUCGCCCAUUUCUAUGUGGUUGGCCUUGGUAUUAUGCCAGUGAUUUUGCUCCUUGGAUUUAUCCAUAUUGUAUAUGGACCCUGUGAAUUACAAGAUUUGCCAACGGAUGGAUCCGCUGUUCAUUACUGGCAGUUUGAAAGAACGAAACUGAAACAGUGGGCCGCAAAAUAUCUGUGCCCAUCAGAUAUCGAGCAGUACGAACGUAAUCUUGCAUAUUUUGAGAAAGCAAAUAUUUUAAGCAGAUGGAGAAAAAUCGAACAACGCGUGGAGCAUUUACAAGGUGAACGUUGGGAUUACAAAGCAUGGUGGUAUGAACCAGUUUCGGCCGCUUGGACUGAUUACGGAAAAUGGACUGCAGAAAGGAUGAGACAUCAACCUUCUGAAUUUUAG